UCGAAAUAAAUACGUUUUAAGGAAAAUAAUAGUGAUUUAAGAAGAUUAAACAGUGAAGUAAAGAACUGAAGUGAGAAAAAUAGAAGGAUGGAGACCGUAUUACAACCGCCGCCACAGUUCAUUUUUGAAAAUAGCUUAGUGAAUGUGACAUCAGGGAAUUUAUGUACAGAGUGGGAAAAAUGGAAAUCAGCGUUUAAUAUUUAUUAUGAAGCUUGCGAAUUAUCAAAGAAAGAUCCGAAAGUGCAAAUAAAUAUAUUGCUACAUAUUAUUGGUGAUAAAUGUCGCGAAAUUUACGAUCAAUUUACAGGGGAGUCAAAAACAAUAAAAGAUGUACUGCUGAGAUUUGAUCAAUUUUUUAUACCGAAAAAGAAUCUAGCUGUAGAAAGGCAGAAGUUUUUUAAAAGAGACCAACAGGAAAUGGAGUCAAUUGAACAAUAUGCUUUUGAACUAAAUAAAAUAGCAUCCAAAUGUGAUUUCCAAAGUUUAAAGAACGACCUCGUCUGUAGUAGAUUAAUUUGUGGAAUUCAAGAUGUUUCACUAUCAGAACGAUUAUUAAGAGAACCGGACAUUACACUUACAAAAGCAGUGGAAAUAUGUAAAUUAGCAGAAAUGUCGAGAAUGCAAGCCAUGAGUAUUAAGUCGGAGAAUCAUCAAGUACAUGAAAUAAAACAAGAAAGAACUCAAAAUGAAGGUAGGUGCUCGGAUAUUCACGCCGUCGCUAGUCGCCGUCGUCCGUUAUCAGCGCGGGGCCGCGGUCGUCCUGUUCAACCGCCGCCGCCUUCCGCGCAACCGCCCGCGCGUAAUAAUCGUGAAUCAUUAAUGACGUAUCGCCCUCAAGAUAAUGACUCCAGACAAACACAUGCUAAUAACUGUGGAUAUUGUGGUAAAAUACAUAGAAGAAAUGAUUGCCCAGCCUACGGGCAGCGGUGUAUGAAGUGUCGACGUUUAAAUCAUUUUGCCCGUAUGUGUCGGGUGUACACCGUGCAGGAGGAGUCCUCUGAUCAGGACAGUGCGACCUCCUGAUCGGUGGGGCUACUCCUCCACAUGAGCCGUCAGCCUCGGCUAACGGUGCGACUCACGGUGCGGUUUGUAAACAGCUGUUUAAAAUUCUAUACGUUUUUUUUUUAUGUUCAUACUCUUUAUUGAUUUUGCAUGUCUAUGUUAUGUUUAUACAUAAUUCAAAUGAAUGAUGAUUAAGAUAAGAUAACAAACAUUGUAUAAACAAAUAAUUGAAAAUGAAUGAAUAGUACCAAUAUAGCGAAUUUUUUUUAUACAAUUAUUGAUUUUGCACGUCUAGACUAUGUAUAAUUAUAAACAAAGUAAAUAAAAUUAAAAGGGUAUAUAGACAGAGUUAAAAUUAGCAAUUGGAAUGAAAUGACUAUUAUAAUGAUGCAAUGUUAUUACCUACGUAUUUAAAUAAAUUCUCUUUCACUUACUUAUUUUUUUAAUAAGAGGAUAGAUGGAUUUAAUUUUAUUGUUAUUUUUAUAAUUAUUUCAUUUUAACUAUUAGUUGUUUGGAUUAUUUUAUAUUUAUAUUUUUUUUUGUUAAACGGGGAGAUUGUAGGUGGUUUCAUAAUUAUUAUUUUUAUAUGUAGGUACCUUUAUUUUGAAUAAACAUUUAGUCUCUGCCCAACACCGGAGUUUGA